AUGCCUUCCUUUUGGUCAGCGUCCCUCGACCUCUUUCGGAAGGACCCGUCGUACAGGCACUUUGAUAACGCGAUGAAAUGUAUCAAUCUGUACAAUGAAAAGCAUGACGUUGAAGACCUCAACACUUCAAUAUCGCAUUUCCAAAUAUCACUCCGCAAUCGCGGGAAAACCAAAGAAAAACAUGCGCGUUAUAGCCUUGAUAAAAUCCUCACUCACUACUCGGAUGCGCUGUGGACUCGCUACCAGCUGGACGUGUCCAAGUUCGCAGCAGAUAUGGACAAAGUGAUCCAGUUGGAUGAGGAAAUUUGCAGGAUUUGGGGGUCGCAGAGCGACCAGCCAGCAAUAUCCGCCCCGCUCGCAAAGAAACGCCUUGCGCUUGCGAACCUUCAUGCUGCGAGGUGCUAUCGUGCCAUGAGGAGCUUUGAGAGGUCUAAACAGCAGGCGGACAAGGAUUUUGCAAAGGCUUCGUACGGCAAGGCGAUAGGCCAGAUUCGUACUGUGCUUUGGGAAAUGGAUACUGUCCCGCCCGAGGUACGCUGGAUUGCGCGCGUUAUGCGUGGGGUUGUUGUCACGACAUGGUGGGACCAUCAAGAUUUGGAGGGGGUAGAGAAUACACAAGAUGCGGAGCGGACCUUACAGGAAGCGAUUAACAAUAUCGCGGAUGCGUUGGAUAUUGGCGCACCUUUGACCAUCGACGCAGUCGAACAGGCCAAGUUCAAGGCGACACCUGAGACGUGCAUGCGCACGCUGGGUACAGCACACUAUGUAUGCUAUCAGAUCAGCGAGAGGUUAAGUGAUCUGGACGAUGCGAUCAGAUGGAAUCGCCAAUUGCUUAGUAGGAUAGGGCCAAUCCAUGAGGAGUAUGCAUAUUGCAAGUUUGAUCUGGCCCAGCAACUAUUCGAGAAAUACCAGCAUGAGCGGCGCACCAGGAAGAAUGGCACGGGUCACUAUUUGGAGGCCAAUACCGCCACCCCCGGUUCGCAGGCCUUGUAUGAUGCAGAAGUGGUGGCAAAGGCGUUGAUGGACGAGCUGCCUAAGAUGCAUGACACAGCAAAGUAUAGGGAAAUACAGGUCAAUUUGGAUAAGCUUUUGCGCACGAUGGACGCGCAUAGCGCGUACAGUGCUAGUAACAAGGGGUCGUCACUCAGGACUCCGUCGCCCGCUCCCUCUGCCCCCUCCUCUGGACACGCAAGCAUGUCUUGCGCUGGCGCUUGA